ACCACCGUCUGCACCUGCUUCCAGCCCACCCAGCUCACCUUCCAGCCCGAAGAAGUCCAUAUGGAGCAGGUUUGUGCCAGCGGACGCACAGGACAGCGCGAAGAGCGCGUCAUCAUUCCGCAAGAUCGUCGCACUAGCGAAACCGGAGCGCAAGCCGCUUGGGACUGCCAUCGGACUGCUCAUGGUCUCGAGCGCGGUUUCGAUGAGCGUGCCGUUCACCAUCGGGAAGCUCAUCGACUUCUUUACUACCUCGGAUCCGCAAAUACCGUUUGGACUAUCCCUGGGGCAGGCGUCAGCCCUGCUACUGCUGCUCUUCACCACUGGGGCGGUCGCGAAUGCGGGACGCGCUAUGCUUAUGCGUCUAUCAGGUCAGCGGAUUGUCGCACGGUUGCGGGAACGCACGUAUGAGGCAUCACUACGGCAAGAGGUCGAAUUCGUGGAGAAGGGCGAAGGCGACGUCCUGAGCAGGCUCAGUGUGGACUCUAGUAUCGUUGGUGAAAGUGUUACUCAGAACCUCUCGGACGGUCUUCGUUCUAUUGUGAUGGCUUCCGCUGGAUUGGGCGCAAUGUUCUACAUUUCACCAACGUUGACAUUGCUUAUGCUUACCGUUGUCCCCCCGGUAUCACUUGGCGCGGUAUUUUAUGGCCGGUAUCUCAAGAAGCUAUCCAACCGUACACAAGAAGCACUCGGAGACAUGACCAAGGUCGCCCAAGAGUCGCUGUCAGCACUGCGAACAGUACAGGCCUUCAACGCGGCAGGUCAAGAGCAGGAGAAGUUCCACCAGAAGGUUGGCACUGUCCUAACUCUUGCACGCAAGGAGGCCAUCGCGAGCGGAAUUUUCUUCGGCGCGACCGGCUGGAGCGGGAACGUGACCCUCCUCGCCCUCCUCGGUUAUGGUGGGACACUGGUUAGCAAGGGCGCCAUCUCGGUCGGCGACCUGACGAGUUUGCUGCUGUACACGGUAUACGUCGGCAGCGGUCUUCAGAUGCUCACGUCGUUCUUUGCGUCCAUCAUGCGCGGUAUCGGUGCAGGCGUCCGUAUUUUCGAUUUGCUCGACCGUCAACCUGCGAUCCCGCCCGACGCUGGUAUCGAGGUUGACAUCUCUCGGCGUGGACCUAUUCGCUUCGAGCAUGUCUGGUUUGAGUACCCCAGCCGUCGGAAUGUUCAAAUCCUCAAGGACCUCAACUUGGAGGUCGCCAUGGGCGAAAGUGUCGCUAUUGUAGGCGCAAGCGGUAGCGGGAAGAGCUCGAUUAACGCACUUCUCAUGAGAUAUUAUGAUCCUGUUAAGGGUAAAAUCACGUUCGAUGGGCAAGAUAUUCGAGAGUUCAAUUCUUCGUCUUGGCGGAACAUCAUUGGUGUCGUGCCCCAGGACCCGAUACUCUUCACCGGCACUAUUGCGUCGAACAUCGCGUACGGGAACCCGAAUGCGACCAGGGAACAAAUCGAGGCGGCCGCGCGAGAGGCAAACUGCGAGUUCGUCUGGGGCAUGCCGCAUGGUUUCGACACCGAAAUCGGUCGGGCGAGUCUAAGCGGAGGUCAACGACAGCGAUUGGCAAUUGCGCGAGCACUGCUGAAGAAGCCGGUGAUCCUCGCGCUCGACGAGGCGACCAGCUCGCUCGACGCGACGUCGGAGCACCGGGUGAACGACGCCAUCGAUAAGAUCCUGCGCGCACGGCAAACGACAUGUCUGAUCGUCGCGCACCGGCUCUCCACCAUUGCACGUGCUGAGCGCAUUGUUGUGCUCGAAGACGGACAAAUCACGGAGACGGGCACGUAUCGUCAGUUGGUCAACAAGGCGGACUCGCGGUUCCGGCACCUCAUGGCCGCACAACUCAACGCCGCCGCAGGCGAGUCCCUUCACGGUGGGCUUGCGAUGCCGUCAUCGGCGCCACCCGAGGUUGCGGCAGCGCCGGCGGAACAAGAGCUCCAGGCGUAGUUCACGAGAACCUCGUCCGACAUCUUCGCCGCACCUCCCGGUCGUCCGCCAUUCGCUUGUAAGAAUGGAGACAGGGGAAUGGUUCGCGAACCUGCAUGAUGCGCCCGCAGGGGCGCACAGGGUAUGCGUGUUGGCUACGCAUCGAUGCCCCGCACGCGCAGGAGAGCCUGAGCUGUACACAUUCCAUAGAGCUGGGGAAUUUGGGACGCAUGGCCACUCAGUAGGCUUGGGUAAUGUAUCGACAGCAGUAGUGUAGUGCCAUAAUUGGAAACCUCUCACAUUAGCCAGGUACAGUCUUGGAGACCCCGCAGCAAUCACUGCGGGUCUCUGAGAAGCGGGUGUUUUAUAUCGC